GACGGUCGGCCGUUUCGAGGAGACGAGCAAUCCGUUUUUGAAGAUAUUAUGAGGAACUACAACAAACACAUGAGACCUGUACGGAAUGACAAAGAAAUGGUUGUGGUGGAUUUCACGAUCAAGCUCAAACAGAUCGUGGACAUCGAUGAACGUGACCAAAUGUUGAAGCUGAAUAUUCAAAUAAAUCAGAGUUGGACUGACCAGCUACUCCAAUGGGACCCGGCAGACUAUCGAGGAACCUCUGAGCUACGGUUUCCCGCCACGCAAAUCUGGAGGCCCGACACCACCCUCUACAAUACGUAAGUCUACCCAAUGCCUUUUAUUUAAUGGCGUAGAAUACGAGGUGGGAACGGGGCGGCAUCCCCCUAACCUCAUAGAGUGGCGAAAAAAGAAGAGAUAAGAAAAGGUGGAUGGAGAUGGUAAUACCCGAUCCUGCACCCUUUCCCUUAGUCCAAAAUCUGGCUGAUUUAAUUUUGAUCUACACCACACCAACGCAAUGCGACCUCCCGUACUCACUCGCUGGCAGCCGGAGAUGGCGUGAUCCUUAAAUUAGGAAGCCUGGUUGUUGUUAGGCUGGGCCAUUGAUUGAUAGGGAUGGUGACUGGUGAGCGUAUGAGUUCGUUGAUAACGCCAUCUUCGGCAGCCUGUAUCAAGUGUAGA